CCAUCUAGCAAUAAUUUGAAUUGAUACAUGACUGCUACAUGACUGCUAUUGGCUCUAAACUGUCUUAUGUAACUAUUCCAAAAGCCUAUUCUUCGCCUGAACCUUUCAUGGCCAGCAUCCAUCCCCAACCUUGAAGGCACAGGACUUUUGCGCAGCCACACUUCCCAUAUUCCCACCCUCUUUUUCGUUUCGCCUUUCUUUUUUGUAAUUGAAACAUUUUGAAUGUUGUCUUUUUACUUUCCUUCUUUCCUAUCGGCCGUGGUCAGUUCUAGCUCUAGCUCUAGCUCUAAUCAUUUCCCCAGGUUUAUUAGUCAAUUUGUUCUUAGCGACUGAUAUAUACGAGGAUUUGUGAGCACCGAACAAAAACAAGUUCAGCCCGACGAAGAUCCCAGCCCCUCUACAUAGAACUAAGACCAAGCCUCCCUCAGCACGCCGCCGAGCCUAUCUAGUUCGUCCUUAUUGCGUGUAAUUCACUUGGCAUCGGCACCUACGGCAUCUGUUGCUUGUUUCAUUCUGGUUCCGCUUUCUCCCUGAAAAUCUUAAUAUACGUUUGAUGCUCUGUGAAGCAUUGAAGCACUCUAAUUGUUGUUCUUUCGUCGGUCUGCCAAACUACAACGAUAAUUUCCUAGUUUUUUUUUUAUAUUUAUUUUUUAAUAUUCCACAGCUUGUUAGUAUCGCGCCGGCGCAUGGGGUCUUGAGAACAAGUAAUUGUCCUCGGAGCAGGGCUUUUCCCAUUCGAUCAUGCGCGGUAUUCUCAAGGCCGCGGCCGUCAUUUUAUCAGCACUAUCGCAUUCCUCACUUGCUCAUUCCGUUAAACGAAAUGCCUUGAAUUAUAUUAGUCGGCUCGAUAACCCCGUAAUACAUACCGCCUCUAAUCGAGUCCACGCUUAUGCUUCAUUUGAUCUCACAUUCCUACUGCACGACAAGAAAGACAAGAUCCGGAUAUCCUUGGAACCUAACCUCGAUGUGCUUUCAGAUUCGGCAGUGGUACGCUAUCUUAGUCCCGACGGGUCUGUGACGGAGGAGAAGAUACAAAGGACCGACCACAAGGUGUUCAAGGGCCACGCCUUCGUACAACACCCGCAUCAUUCCGAAUGGAUCAAUUCCGGUUGGGCGAGGAUAACAGUCUAUCGAGAUGGUCCGAGGCCGUUAUUCGAGGGAACGUUUCGGGUCAACGGGAACCACCACCACAUCCAGACGGGCUCUAACUACAGACAAACGCAGCACGAAGAUGAUCCUAGUGCGGAUCUUGCCGAUGACGAGUACAUGGUCGUCUGGAGGGAUUCGGACAUUAAAUCGAGUUACGAUGUUUCGGAAUUGAAGCGCGGGCUCGGUGAGAAGUCGUGUUCGUCUGAUAUGCUUAACUUCAAUAACGAGGACGAGCACCCCGUGCACCGGGGCCUGGAUCUCCGUGAUAUGUCGGCGGUGGAUGCAAAUAGCCUUUUCGGCCGGGACGAGAUUGACGGGACAACUACUGGGAACGGUGCUGGUGUCAAUCUUGCUCAGAGUAUCGGGUCUACUCAAGGUUGUCCUACCACCCGCAAGAUUGCCCUGGUCGGGAUCGCAGCAGAUUGCACAUACACAGCGCAGUUUACUAAUAAGAGUGAUGUGCGUUCCCAUAUCGUUCAGCAGGUUAGCUCGGCCUCGGCGCUAUACGAAAGUUCAUUCAAUAUCUCACUAGGUAUCCAAAACCUAACUAUUAGUGAUGCGACAUGCCCGGGAACCCCUCCGGAUAGUGCUAAGUGGAAUGUCGCCUGUAGCGACAGUGUCACGAUUACGAAUCGACUUAACUUAUUUUCCGAGUGGAGAGGUCGGUUUAACGACACCAAUGCGUACUGGACGUUAAUGAGUACGUGCAAUACCGAUGCGGCUGUGGGAUUAGCAUGGCUAGGACAGCUAUGCGCCCAAGGAGCGGGAACUCAAGCAGACUCGAGCGGAGGAAAUGAAACAAUCGCGGGAGCCAACGUCGUCGUCCGAACCUCGACCGAAUGGCAAGUAUUUGCGCACGAAACAGGUCACACGUUUGGUGCUUUCCACGAUUGUGUACCCGACACAUGCUCGGACGGUACGGUUUCGAUGCAGAAGUGUUGUCCACUUAGUAGCUCUACGUGUAAUGCUAACGGAGCUUUCAUUAUGAACCCAUCUACCUCUGACGGCGUUACGCAAUUCUCCCCUUGCACCAUUGGCAACAUUUGCUCGGCUAUGGGUCGGAAUAGCGUAAGGUCAAGCUGUUUGUCAAACAAUAAAAACGUCGUUACAAUCUCACCAAGUCAAUGUGGUAAUGGCAUCGUGGAGGCAGGAGAGGACUGCGAUUGUGGAGGUGAAGAGGGAUGCGUCAAUAACAGCUGUUGCGAUCCAGGAACCUGUCGAUUCAAAACCAAUGCCGUAUGCGAUCCGACCAACGAAGACUGUUGUACGGCCCAAUGUCAGUUCAAAUCGUCGGGUUCGGUUUGCAGAGACAGCACUGGCUCAUGUGACCCCCAGGAGACCUGUAGUGGUAAUUCUGGGACGUGUCCUGCCGAUGUCAAGGCAGCAGAUGGUCAAGCCUGCGGUGCCAGUGGUGGUGGCUUGACCUGCGCUUCCGGACAGUGCACUUCUCGUGAUUUACAAUGCCGGACGUUAGUGGGUUCGUUGACUAACAAUAACGAGACAUCAGCUUGUGACUCGCAGACCUGUCAACUUCGGUGCGCUUCAUCUCAGCUCGGACCGAACGCCUGCUAUGAUAUGCAGCAACACUUCCUGGACGGCACUCCUUGCCAAGGUGGAGGGAAAUGUAGUAACGGACAAUGUAAGGGGUCCAGCUUCACCGACCAGGUAGGAAGCUUUUUCAACGACAACAAACACAUUAUCAUCCCCGUCGUAUCAGCCGUUGGUGGCAUCGUCGUACUCUGCUUGUUAUGUUGUAUAUUUUCAUCUUGUCGACGUAGGUCACGGAGAAGAAAGAUAGCCAAGACAACCCAACCGAAUAGCAGCUGGGUUGGUGGAGCCGGCGGUGCGUGGGUUGCGAAUCCUGUCUCCCGUCCACCCCCAGCAGCCCCAGGAAGAAACAAUCGAGGUCCGCCGCAACAACAACAACAACAGUCCUGGCAAGGCGGAAAUCAGUGGGCACCACCACCCAGAGCACCUACAAUGCGGUACGCGUAGCCGCUCGGGUUGGGAGAACCUAGGCUGGCGACUGGGGAAUCUGAGAAGUUGUAGGGCGUCAUAGAGGGUAUUCACAAGGUUCAUCAUAUCGCGGUGUUUCAGGCGUUCCUGUCCGAGCGUGCAUUUAGUUGAGGUACAUAUACCGUACUCACAAUCACGAAACUCGGGACUUAUUAUUCGGCGUUUGGAUAGCAUUGGAGACCACUAUUUUAGGUAUAUAUGUACAGGUAUAGGUCUAUAGUUUUUUACUUACCUAGUUGGCAUAUCAGGACUAGGAAUUAUCUAUUGUGGGGAGCAAGCGAACCAGCUGGAUUUCAGCUGAAUCUUGGCUUUUGGAAAGAAGAACAGAAGAGGAGAGGAGAGGAGGAACUCGGGUUUGGUUAAAUACAUACAACGGCCCUAGAUGACGAACGCUUAUGACCAGGAACAAAUAAACACACUAUAAGGCCCCAGUCCUGUCUCUAUAGGUAUUUAUCUGUAUCUCUAUAUAUUUUCCUAUUGUAAGGGCUUUCCGUAAUGCCGUAACCUAGAUCUUAAUACUUAUCCCAAAUUUAGCGACGAUUGUACUUG